AUGGUAGAUGCAGAACCGGGCUCGCCGACAUGGAAGUUCACCCAGUGCUUCGGAGACAAGGGGGACGUUGAGGAUAUCACGGAGGGUAUGGACAUGUCCUCGGACAACAAGCCCUCUACGCUGUCCCGAGUUGACCGUGCUGACUUGAAGCCAGCCGACAUCAUAUCUACCGUUGAGUUCGACCAUACGGGAAACUACCUGGCAACAGGUGACAAGGGUGGACGAGUUGUCCUGUUCGAGCGCAACGAAACAAAAAAAACCUGCGAGUACAAAUUCCACACCGAGUUCCAAUCUCACGAGCCCGAGUUCGAUUACCUCAAGUCCCUCGAAAUCGAAGAGAAGAUCAACAAGAUCAAGUGGUGUCGACGACAAAAUGCCUCCCACUACCUUCUCUCUACGAACGACAAGACGAUCAAGCUGUGGAAGGUUUUCGAGAAGUCCCUUAAGGUGGUGGCCGAGAACAAUCUGUCCAACGAGGCCACCCCCGGGAAUAUCGCCGGUGGCGGCGGCGGGCCGCGGGCUCUGCCAAGUGUCAUUAAGAAUGCGUCCGACCUCAAGCUGCCUCGUCUGACCCACCACGAUACAGUAGUGGCCGCUGUACCGCGGAAGACUUAUGCCAACGCGCACGCCUACCACAUCAACAGCAUAUCGGUCAACAGCGAUGGCGAGACAUUUAUCAGCAGUGACGAUCUCCGCAUAAACCUCUGGAACCUCAACAUCCAAGACCAAAGUUUCAACAUCGUGGAUAUCAAGCCUGCGAAUAUGGAAGAGCUCACCGAGGUCAUCACAGCUGCCGAGUUCCACCCCAUGAGCUGCAACUGGUUCAUGUACGCUAGUUCCAAGGGCACAAUCAAGCUGGCAGACAUGCGCGAGAGUGCCCUUUGCGACCAGCACGCUAAACUGUUCGAGCAGGAAGAGGACCCUUCCGCAAGGUCGUUCUUCUCGGAAAUCAUCUCCUCGAUUUCGGACGUUAGGUUUUCGUACGAUGGCCGGUAUAUCCUGUCAAGAGACUACCUGACGGUCAAGAUCUGGGACGUCAACAUGGAAAGGCAGCCGGUCAAGACGAUCCCAAUCCACGAACAUCUCCGACCAAGGCUCUGCGACACGUAUGAGAACGACAGCAUCUUCGACAAGUUUGAGGUCGUCUUCUCGGGCGAUUCCAAGAACGUCAUGACGGGAAGCUACAACAACAACUUCAUGAUCUACCCGUCCGACCCAGAGAAGGAGGUCGAGGUCGUAUUACAGGCAGACAAGUCGGCGUUCAAGGCUAAGAAAGUAGGCGUGCCAACGCCGAUCAACUCGUCUACGAGCCCUACCGCUAAUGGCGGUAAGAAGAACGGGUCCCGUGCUGGCAGCCCGGCUGGAGCAGGACAGAGGAUGCGCAAGGAGACGGAUGCGGACCAGAUUGAUUUCAACAAGAAGAUCUUGCACAUGAGCUGGCAUCCGUUCGAGGACAGCAUCGCGAUUGCGGCCACCAACAAUCUGUUCGUGUUCUCAGCCCUGUAG